CUGUAAACUCGGGCAGCUGCCGGUGUCAUUGCGUGUUAUUGCCCCAGUUCACGCUUCAUGCUAAUCUAAUGUAAACUCCCAUACCGCCAGAGCAGGGGCCUGUUUAUAGCAGCCAAUCGCGAGCGGCGGUUACACAAUCCCGCCCCGCCGGGGGGAAAACAGUCGGGGCCGGGGAUCCGGGAAGCAAAAUGCUUUAUGUCAUCCCAAGCAGGCCCGGGGCCCGCUGUUAUGCAAUUCUCACUGUCACGGUUACGUACGUUGUGGGCAGCGCUCGCCAGCCAAUGAGGAGGCCGGCCGUCUGGAUGAAUGACCUGGGCUGACACGCUUUACAGCGCGGGUUAAGGACAAUCUCGUGAGCAAGUGCAAGGGUACGGGUGGUGCACCACAUCACUACGGCAGACUUCCCAGAAAUAACUGGAAUAGGUCUGAGCAUUCCUGUACCUUUGUCCGUGCCUGAUCAUAUUGCUCAGCCUUGUACUACCGACCAACGACGCUGGAUAGCAGUCCUUUUUUAACGCUGGGAUGGUUUUACUGGACUUUCUAUAGAGUUGACCGAGCCGACGUCUGAUCAGAACCGAAAUCGAAGUAGCCAGUAUGGCAGCGGUGUCUCCUCUACCUCAGAUUACCGCCUUGGAUCUAUCCACAAAGACGUGUGACCAACAGAGCAACCUAGCUUUCGUCCAGCGUCACCGGGGCAAGCCCGUCCAGCGCGUCCAUCCGAGCGACCACUACCUGGGCACCCAGACGGUCUCCGCCGGCGCCGCGGGGCAGUCCCUGGACCUGACUGGGCUCCACAUGCCGGAGCUGAUCGUCCCCCGCAAGCAGCGCGAAUUCACCCCGGAGGAGUUGAAAGACAUGCGGUACUGGGACCGCCGGCGGAAGAACAACGACGCAGCCCGGCGGUCGCGGCAGAAGCGCCGCCUGACCGACGUGGUAUUGGAGGCGCAGGUGCUGAAGCUGGCCGAAGAGAACGACAACCUCAAGGCUGAGCUCCAGGCCAUGAAGGAGCAAAUUUGUCAGAUAGACUCAGCAAAGUCUGCGAUCAAGGGUGCCGUAGGCGUUACACAGCAACCAACUGAUUUCAUCCCAAAGAAUGAAGAGGUCAAGAUGGCGCUGGACAACCGAAUGGAUCCCUAUUACCUGAAGCCAUCAGCCUUCGAAACUCAGACUUCCCAAUUUAGACCAUACCCCAUGACCUCGAUAGUGGCCUCCCUUCCAGCAGCCUCACUAUCAUCUGUGGGUGUCCCGCCACCUGUUUCGUACGCGCCUGUAAUUCCUCCGUUUGCCCAAAGUUCCUGGUCUCCCUUGCAGCCGCCGUCUUCCAAUGGAGAGCCAUGGCACCUGGACAAAAUUCACGACCACCUCCAGAGAACACUGCAGGUGUUGACUGCAAAGAAAGAUGAACUGAAACAAGCAAAUCCUGUCCUCUUUCAAGAGAAGGUAAAGGCGCAGCUGCCAACAGAAAGCAGCCUGAGCUGUGAGCCGAGGAGAGAGGAAUCCACCAGCAAGUUGUCAGCCACUGCGACCGACAGUCAUACUCCAGCAUCUCCACCGAACAGGGGUGAUCCAUCCAAGACCAAAGAGAAACCGUUGUCUCCUCCAUCCCCGCACAGUGCUUUCGUCCCAGGGGUGGAACUCUCCAAGCUGCCUCACAAACUCCGGGGGAAGAUGAAGCGACCUCUCCCGCAGAGUGACGAGGCUGCCCAGGGUCCAGAUGCUGAUUCCGAAUGCCUGACGAGUCAUAAGAUAGCUAGGCGCUCUACCAGUCCCGAAGCUGACCCGUCGGCGUCUGUUGCCAAGACUACCGGGGAUGAAAUCCGCGCAACCCGUCUUGCACUCGACAGCUACACCCCACCCCCAUCCAGUGGGUCUUCCUGCGAGGGCAACACCUCCCCUUUCAACGCAAACUGCCUAUUCGACUUCUCGGCGAAGAGUGACUGCCUGCCCAAAGUCUCGGACGAUCUCACCCUGAGUGACGCCCACGAGCGGAUGGUGCAGGCGGCUCACGCCCUCGCCGCCCUGAACAAAGGCGCCGCCGAGGGAUCAACCUACGGUGCCUCGGCAGCCAGCGGGCGACACCCCCACCAGUCGUUCAUGGGAGAGAAGGAGAAGUACUGGGACAAGCGGAGACGCAACAACCAGGCUGCCAAGAAGUGCCGAGACGCCAAGCGCCUUCUGAUCGAGUACCGAGCCGCUCGCUCAGCCUACCUGGAGCUAGAGAACGACCAACUCCGCCGUGAGACGUCGGUGCUGCAACGGGAAGUGGCUCAACUGAAGGAGCUUGUCAGGAAGAGGGCAGGAGGUCCUACAACCGAAAAGAUUUCAGUGAAAUGACUAUCGAAUGAGCUCACACUUUGAUAAAUGUGUUUUUAUAACACUAUGUUGUGCUGCACUUUAUACGAACGUUAUUGAACUUAAUUCUGUGCACAGCUGGAUCUUCAACAUUUCACAAGACAAUUUCCAAAAAAAACAAAACAAAGCAAAACAAAACAAAAACCAAAAACAGAAAUUGCAUUUGCUGAUGGAUGGCUACCAGUCUUGUAUACUUAACCUGACGGCAAGCCAUUUUACAUAAAAAGCAAAACAUUGUGUGCAUUGGGUCCUGACGCUGAUUUUUGGGAGCUCUAAAAGUUCCUGAUCAUGUUACCCCAAAAAUUUGUUUUCAUUGUGAUUCAGGGCAUUGGGGAGUAAGGACUUAAAAAUGAAGGGUGUCUGACGAUAGGAAAUAUUACAGUGGGUGCCGUUUUCUGAAAGACGGUAAAAAAAUUACGGUAACCCUUCUCGCUCGAACAAAAAAUUAACUUAAGGGGCAUGAAAUGAAAAUAUACAAAUUGUUGAUGAAAAUCAACUGUUGACAAAAAUCAGUGUCCAUCGAAUAGCAUUGUUCUUGUUAAACAAUACAGAUUCUAUAGUACCAAAGCGAUAAAUUUCUUUCCUCGUUCCAAUGGAUAAGCACUACAAGUAGUCAAUGUGCUACAGAAAACGAACGGAAUAAUAUUGAAUCCAGUCAA